AUGAAUGUAAGCUUUUUGUUUAUAAAAUACGUUUUUCUAGGUAUUACUGCAAAAAACAGCUACUCCUGAUACUUUGAACACCAAUAUCGUAAGAAUCAAUCGGAUUCAGCCAGGUAAGUUUUUUAAGCUUUUUCAGACCUAAAGAUUUUAGAUGAUAAUGUUGUUGAGACAACUCUCACUCCAAUGGUCGCGGUAGCGACGGGAAUAAAGAAUUCUCAUGUUGCGAUUGGAAUGACGAAGAGUGGGCAGCUAGCUUGCAUCCAUCCGCAUCUUCUUGUUGCGCCACAACUCGAAAAACUCCUUACUUCCAACGCUAGUCAUGUCGAUACAGAAAUAAACCAUGUCCAGGUGAGUGGAAAAACGCAUAUCUAAUUUCCCAUGCAGAUAGACCAAUUCCACGCGAUUGUGACCCCAGGCCGUACAUUUGAAGGAAGACUUGGCCUCAUUCCGAACUGUCUGAAAGAUGUCUUCCAAUCUGCAGGCCUGAAUAUAAAGUACUUGGCCGUCAGUGUAGAAAAUCUGAGUGUCACCUAUACUGGUAUUGCUAAAUUUGUAAAAUCUCACAGAGCCUCAAUUCUAUUGAAAUCAUUGGAUCGUUCGGCCUAUGAAGUUAUAUUUCCUCUUGUUCUGGUUCCGCAAGAAAGACGUGCUGAUUACGUUAGUUUUUCAUCACAACUUUGAGUCACAAAAAACUAUCUUCUUUCAGCUCAACAUUCCUAAAGAUAAAAUCCUCUUCUACUACACUGCUUGCAAAAACCUGCCAGGUUCCAAAUAUCCCCUUAGAGCCUACACUUUGUCGGUGGUCGAGGGUGGACAACAUAUAAUAGAACAACUGGCACAACGAGAGGCUAAUGAAGAACAGGCACAACAAUCUCCAGCCGAAGAAGACUCCUCUGAAUCUCCACCUUCCUCUGCCGCCAAUGAAAUCGAUCUUAUCCAAUUCUAG